GACGCGGCUCGUACCAGGCAAAGGUCUUUUCCUUAGACACACAGUUUCACAUCACUCAAGAGACGACGUCCAUCGAGGCGGCCUCCAAGGGCGAGAAUGGGAAAGUUAGUCGGAAGAGGAAUGAAGAAUCCAUUAAUUCUGCUCUUACCUCUCUUUGCCACCUGCUUCAGUAGGGAUGUUCCGGUCAUUAAUAUGUCUUAUGUGACUUUGAGGGAAGAUAUACCCCAAGGCCAUUUCGCAUUUAAAAUCCUAGCAUAUGAUUUGGACAAUGACCCUUUGACCUAUGCAAUCACUGAAGACAAUGGUCACUUCAAUGUGUCUCAACAUACUGGUGACGUCUACAUUAAAACUCCGCUCGACCAAGAGACUAACAACUUUCCAGUAAGAGUUAGCGUCAGCGAUGGGAUUCAUGAUGCGACCGAAAAAACUAUCAACAUUGUGGUGGAAGAUGCCAAUGACAACAAGCCAAGGUUCGAAAAUGCACCGUACGACGUAAAAUUACCAGAGAACACUCCUGUGGGCACGAUAGUGUUUAAAGUGAUAGCAACGGAUCUUGAUGAAGGAUUAGCUGGAAGAGUUUCAUACAAGUUCGAUCAGGCCAUUCCAGUUGAAGGACUCCGCAUGUUCUCCAUCUCAAAUAACGGAGAUGUUAAGUUGAUCGAAGCACUAAAUUUCACAGAGAAAAGCACAUUUUAUCAGCUACAGAUCAACGCAUCAGAUGGCGGUGGACCACUUCACGACGAUCCCCACUACGUUCAGUGGUCCACCACCCCUGCCUUCAUAACAAUAAUUGAUGUACCAGACCUCAACCCUCAGUUCUUAAAUCUCCCAAAUACAGCUCGUGUGGAUGAGCAUUCACCUGUGGGGACAUCAGUGUUCAAGGUUGUAGCCAGAGAUCCAGACACAGGGGUCAAUGAUGUCAUCAGUUACACCAUUGAAGACUCCAGCGUGAGCGGUCUGUUCCAAAUACAUCCAGAAAGCGGCGUCGUUUCCGUCAUGACCGACAUUGACCGAGAGGCCUUGCUGGAAUUUAACGCUAAUGUUAAACUUACUGUGAAGGCCACUGAAGCUAAUUUGGACGUAAACGGCGUCCAUGCGAGCACCACGUCCGAGCUUGACGUCUUGAUCGACGACGUGAACGACCAGUGGCCCCUGUUUUACAAGUGUGAAGGAGACGUGUGCACAGAAACGAACGACUUUAGUGGUGAAGUGGACGAGCACGCGUCCGUCGGCCUGUCCGUCAAUGGAUUAAACAUGAGGGUCAAAGAUAUAGAUGCGGUUAAGAACAGCCGUUUCCUGCUCCACCUUGAGGGACCGGAUAAGGAAGUGUUUUCAGUUUCUCCCAAAGAAGACAUGUCGGACCAGGCCGUGCAGAUCCUGAUCAAAGACUCGGCCGCUGUGGACUACGAGAAAAACAAGACAAUGAUUGUGCAGGUGGUGGCAACGGAUAAAGGAAACUCAAGUUUUGUGUCUUCAGCUACAGUCACCAUUAAAGUCAACGACAUGAAUGAUAACUUCCCAACAUUUGAAAAGAAUGUGUAUGAUUUAUUUGUGCCAGAACAUUGUGAAAAUGGCUUCAUCUUGGGCACUAUUAUGGCGACCGACAAGGACGAACUGGACAACGGCCUCAUUAAAUACAUGCUGCUUCCUGACAACAUACGGACUUUAUUUAAUGUCUUCGAAACCAACGGGACCGUUUAUGUAAAAAUGGAAAAUCUGGACCGUGAGCGGAAGAGCUCAUACACGGCCACACUGCAGGCCCGAGACACCACGGGGAAAGUGGGCACCACCGUGCUGGAGAUCACCGUCGAGGACGUUAACGACCAGGUGCCGCAGUUUCUCCGGGAUCCGUACGAGAUCUUCGUUCGUGAGAACCAAGCGUGGAUUAUCGAGUCGAGCAUGAAGAAAGAAACAUUAAACUCUAACAUUAUAGCUCGAGACGAUGACGAGCCAGGCUCGAACAACAGCGCGAUCAAGUACGGCAUUGAACCUGGUGAAUACAGUACCAACUUCACCAUCGACGAGAAAACCGGGCAACUAAGGAGCAAAGGUACACUGGACCGAGAAGACAUCAACAUCACUCUGAACGGGGUGAUCACACUGAACGUGACGGCUACAGACAUGGGAACGCCGCCUCACUCCUCGUGGGUGAAAUUCAUAAUCAAUGUCGACGAUGAAAACGACAACUCACCUGUGUUCCUGCAAUCAGAAUACACCUUUUCUGUGAACGAAAGUGAACGAGGAGCCACUGUGGGUUACGUGUACGCAACCGAUGCCGAUCAAACCGACUACAACAAUCGCAUAUCCUUCAGCAUUAAGAGUGGCGCCGGAGGCACCUUCCUGUGCGUGUCGGAGCCCGAUGGUGCAGAUUACCGUGGUAAAAUCAGGGUGGACCCCGAUGUCUCACUGGACUACGAAAGCAAUAACAAGCGAUACACGCUGAUUAUCGAGGCCACGGAUCAGGGCGGGAAUGCCGCGACGUGCACGGUGCAUAUAGUGGUGCUAGAUGUAAAUGAUACGCCACCUAUUUUUCCUUCCGGGAUAACGAUGGAGGUGGAAGAGAACGCGCCAGCUGGGACGGAACUGGGGACCAUUGUUGGCCGUGACCUGGACACGAAACACUUGCUGGUUUACGAGCUUGUUUCCACCUCAUGCCACUGCAACUUGACGUGGGCUCCAUGCAAGGAGCAAUGGUUCACGCUGGAGCUGAACGGGACCAUCAUGACCGCUGAAGGUAUAACGAUCGAUUAUGAGGAGUGCACACGGGUGAACAUGACGGCGCGGGUGGUGGACCUUUACACAGAGAAGGGGAGAAACAGCACAGAAGGUGCAGUUAUGAUCAAUAUUAUUGACGUGAACGACAACGCCCCUGAGUUCAUCCCAGUCCAGGAAUUUUUUGUCCUAAUUUCUGAGAACAUCGAGCAAGACAAGAGCGUGGCCCGGGUGUAUGCCAAGGACAGAGACUCAGGAGCGAAUAAGAAGAUUGAAUUUCAGGUCACUUUAGUGGAGUUUGCCAGCACCAACCCAGACGACAAGCCCCAGCCAACAGACCUGAUCUUCUACGCCGACACCGAGCAGCCGGAUGCUGAGGGGAACUACAGGGGAGUUAUCAAGUCUAGAAACAGCCUGGAAGCUGAUAAACAGGGGAAGUACUUGGUGACUGUGGCGGCAAUUAACGGCAAUUUCAGUACAAACGAGAUACUCGAGUUGAUCACAGUGGACAAGUCUUACAAGGUCAGCCUCCGCUUCGACUCAUCCAUAGGCCAAGUCAACGAAAACCUGCCGUACAUCAGAUCGGCCCUGGUGGGAGCCACGCACGCGAUGGUGCACAUUGUUAAAGUCACACCUGACACGAGCGAAGCUGCACAGAGAAAAGUGACGACCCUUGUAGAGGCGUACUUCGUGUUCGUAAAUGGGACCGCCCUCACCUCAGACAAUGUGGGGAAGAUCCUGAACUCACAGCAAGUUUAUGAAGAGUACGGUGUCCUCUUGCAGCAGUACGGCCUCACCAGCAUUUUGGCAGGCGGCGAGACGGAAAAAGAAAACAACCCAGUGUUGUUCGUCAUGUUGGGAUUAGUGGCAGGGCUCGUGAUCGUCCUGAUCGUCACCAUGACGUCGCUGGUGUGCAUUAGGAGAAAGUACAAAACAAAGCUGAAGGCAGCCAAAGCCAUGAACACGGCAGCCAUGGUGGCUGAUGAGUUCCAAAAGGAAGGGCCUGUUGUUCCUGGAACCAACAAAUACACCAGAGAGGGGGCGAAUCCGAUCCUCAACCUGAACAUCGACGCUUCCACAGACCUCGGCUUUGACGAGGAGGCGUCCAGUGCAGACAGAGAGAGCCUCAAUUCUCUGGACUUUAUCAACGUGGAUAUGAAUAUGGGGGACAAGGACACAAUGCCAAUGAUGGCCAUUGAGGAAGAAAAGGAAAACGGUGGCGACUCUUCGUACAUCGAGCCACUGGGCGCAGCGUUGGCUCACAGAGGGAAUAAGAAAAGCUCGAAGGGUCCCGCCCUCACCUUCGACAACCCGUCACUCAACACCACAGACCUGUAACACACCAUCACUUUCCGGCUCUGAAACCAGAACCACCGUCAUCAACCAUGGAACCACACGACCGCUGAUGGAGCUGCAACAGUCCGCACUCAGCUCCUGUGGCUCGACACCCUGGAGAUGAGAUGAAAGAUCUGAGAUGAGAGCUCUCUCUAUCUCUCGCCAAAGCAAUUUUCAGCAAAUGUCAUAACAAUAAAAAAGCACCAAUUAGCGUUUAAUGUCAUACAGUUUGGUUUUAAAUGGAACAGUGCACUCUCUCAUCACGACAGGAACUUUAUCUUAACAUUUGAUUUAUUUUGUCGUUGUCAUUGGAAAACCCAGUCCACAGCUUCACUCGGGUUUGAUGUGUGAAAUAGAAAAGAGAGGAAUAUGCACUGCACACUUAUAUUUUGCAAUAAUAAUUGUACUUGGAUGAAUCUAUAUAUAUACAGUAUAUCUAUACACGUGUGUGUGUUUUGGAUUUUAUGUAUUUUUUCGUCGAUAAUUUCUCUAUGUUGCAAUCCUCGUUGUAAAAUAAAUAUUUUUGCUUCAAAUCCUAUAACGACAGUAGCUUCAAAGAUUUAUACAUUUUCUCUAAAUGUUCUUCAGGUUCAUGCGGUUGUGUUUUCCACCAGGUGAAAUUUUCAUGAGAUUAUGCUUUUCUAGUUUCUUGGUAACAUGUCAAGCUGAGCUUUCUUUCUUAUUCAACUCCAAUAAGAGAGAAAUGUGUGGUUUAUAGCUGAUAUAAUGCACCUUCAAGUUUAGCAUAUCACAUUCUCUGAUUAAAUGAAAAUUGGAAUUGCUGCCAAACCUGCAGUGGUAUAAGAGGAACAACUCGAUUCUGAUUGGCUGGAACAUGUGAAAUGAGAAUGUUGAGCACGCAGGUCAUUUUCAGGUCUCGGUUUUAAAUAAACGUCCUUAUAAAAGAAAGUAA